AUGGCUGGAAGUAGGUGGCCAGCUGCAAUCGCUCCUGCUGGUAGAGCUGGGAAUUCUUCUCGGGGGAAACAAGUCAUUUUUGAACCCACAUUUGCUAAAAUGGAAAGGGAGAAUUAUGCACUAACUCACCGAUUAAAGGAAGCUUUUUACAAAGUUGAGAAAAGAUAUCCUGGGUUCAGCAAGGAUUUUAUGGUUGGAUUACUCCAACGGAUGGGAGUCGAUAAUGAAAUUGAUGUGACUGAGAUGUGUUUACGGAUUGCGGCUCUUCAGGAGUUUGAUCACCCAAGAACUUCAAGAAACCCCCGAGUUUUGGAGUUGGAACAUACAGCUAAAACGCUAAGAACAAUUCUUAGCAGUAUACCUGAUGAAAUUACUGAUCGACGGGCUUUCAUAGAAGUUAUUAAAGGUAUAGCGGAUGCAAUAAAGAUGCUGUUGGCUGCCGUUGGCGCAUUUUACGAUGCACUGCCGCCUGGGACACAAAAGAAAUGUCUUGAAGAUCAAAAAAGGAAAUUCAUUCAUUAUUGUCGUAAAUUUAGUGAUACAUUAAAGCAGUAUUUUAGAAACAACGACCAAACAGUGGUUUUCAGCAGCGCAAAUUUACUGGUCAAUCAAGCUAACUUGAUUCUAUUCAUUGUUCGUGAUGUGGAUUGA